CUGUGGCAAUGUCUGUGGUUUACGUUCUACAUUUUGUGCUACCUGCAUUGAUUAUUAUUUUUUCAUUAUUGCGGAAAAACAUUGCUUAGCUAAAUUUUAAGAGACGUAUGAGCCAUAUAAUAGUUUUGUUUGAUAUGUUAUGUACUUAAAUAUUUAAUCAAAGUUUAAAGUGUUUUACUGUUUAUCAUCACAAUGGGUACGAAAACCAUACGAGAUAGUACUUUCAUGGCGAAAUAUUCAGCAUACAGCCCUUAUCGGCUUUUUCGACGGGAGAGUGGGUUCGCCAACCCGAUAGGAGCUAGCGAUGCGAUGGCUCGCAGCUUAUACUGUGGCAUGAAGCCUAUUGCUUCAUGGGAUUGUGAGCAAGCAAAUGCUCUUCCCACCGGUGGCGUAUUCAACCUUGAAUUUUCCCCGGACGGAUCCCUUCUAGUUGCAGCAUGUGAGAAGAAAUCUAUACAGAUUUUUGAUCCGUUAACACAUCAGAGAAUCCACUCAGUUAAUGGAGCACAUUCAGACUGUGUAAAUUGCGUAAAAUUCCUAGACAGUAGAAUGUUUGCGACAUGCUCCGACGACACGACAAUAGCUUUAUGGGAUGUUAGAUAUUUAAAGAAAAAAAUCCGAUCUCUCUUAGGACAUUCGAACUGGGUGAAAAAUAUAGAAUUUUCAGUGAAAGACAAAUUACUAGUCACGUCUGGACUAGACGGCAGUAUAUAUACGUGGGACAUAAAUUCUUACACAGAGUCGAAUCUAGUAUACCAAAGAGUAUUUCACGCGUCCGGACUGAUGAGGUGUCGGCUGUCGCCGGACGCUAAACAGAUGGUCAUGUGCACCACUGGCGGACUACUGGUCAUCAUUCACGAUUUGAAUUUGUCAACGCUGGCUCAACACUUACAUGGAUUCAAACCAAAUCUAUACAGACUGAUGCAAAUGAGCCAGCAGUUGAUACCGAUCGCGGCCAUGUACGACCAUUUAUUUGAUCUGAAACGCACUGAGAACAGGGUCGAGUUUGUGUCUGAUUUUCCUGAUGGCAAUGAUGCGGAGGUCGUUAGCGCGCUUCAGAUUCACCCACAAGGAUGGAGCGCUUUAAGUAGAAAUAUAAGUCACGAUGAUAGGUCGGAGUGGUCGUGCGUGCACGACAUCCAGGCGGGCGGCGGGGCGCGCGCGCGCGACAAGGGCACGCGCGCGCGCUCGCCGCCCCGCCGCGCCGCGCCGCGCCGCCGCGCCCGCCCGCGCGCGCGCCCCUACCGCCAGCCCGCCGCGCCGCCUGCCCCCGCCACGCCGCCCGCCCCCGCCGCCGCAGCCGCCUCGCGACCACCGUCCGAGAGCCCCCGGCGGGAGCGCGACGAGGAGGCGGAGCCCGGGGCGGGGCCCAGCGCGGCGCGACAGGAGCCGGUGAGUCAUGGGACUGUUUGUGUGAGCGACACGAGGGUCCGGGCUUUCAGUUUGAGGGUAGACAGUAAGGUACAGUACAAAUAUUACUUUAUUGGUGUAUCUGUUAUAAAUUAUAGUAAAGAGAUAUGUAUUUUUGUCCAGGGUCUGUCGAGUAUUCAGAAUGACGUGUGGGAGGCGUCUAUUACUAUCAAACAACAUCGAAUGCUCCAAGAGAUGUACAGCAGAGGGCAGGUGGGCCGCAACUUCAACAUGCAGCGCAUCAUGGGCAUCAACACGGGCAUCGCCCCGCCCGCGGCGCUGCGGGCGCGCUCGCUGCGGGCCGCGCCCGCGCGCCUGCUGCCGCGCCUCAGCGCCGCGCCCGCCGACAGCACGCUGCCGUCGACGUCGGGGCAGACGCCGGCCUGCGACGACGACCCGCUGCACUGCAUUCGCCAGAACCGCGACCGCCUGCUCUACUACGUCGAGGAGACCAACGAGGGCAAGGGCUUCAUCAAGGUACGCCGCACUUGCGAGCUGUGCUUCUCGGCGGACGGGCGGCUGGUGUGCUCGCCGUUCGGGCGCGGCAUGCGGCUGCUGGCGCUGAACGCGGCGUGCGCGGAGCUGCCGCACGUGGCGGGCCAGCUGGCCGCGCCCGCGCAGCUGCUGGAGCUGGGCCAGAGCCUGGGCAUCCACCAGGACCUGGUGGUCAGCUCGCGGUUCAGCCCGCGACACCACCUGCUCGUCACCGGCUGCCUCGAGGGCAAGAUCGUCUGGUACGAGCCCUACAGCGGCGAGUCCUGCUACUAGGUGCAUAGCUCGAUACUUAACGGCGGCCUCUCGGGGACCGGGUGGCUAGACGAGAUUUACCGAUCGAGUAACUCAAAAUUUUGGUCGAAAUGUACAGAAGUCAAAAACGAUUUUCAUAUAAUUAUGUAAACAAACGGACACAAACGGGAGUUGCCAAUCAUAAAAUUUUGUCUAGACCCUAUUAUAGACUAGUGUAUACACUAAGCGACACUUGCUGACAUUGCUAACAUACACACUGCUAUUGUGUGGAGAGGAAACUAGCUCCAUCUCGUUGAUGGGUAUGAUUGCAAAAUAAUAUACGGCAAUUGUUGCCUAAUAAUACACGGGUUUGCUCACCCCUCAGACUGUAUAUUUUAACUUUUGUGUUCAUUAAAUAUAACGUAGUGUUGAGAUUGAGCAGGUAAAUGUAACUGAGUAACUGAGUGGAUACUGAAUAUAACUUAUGAUGUGAACAUAUUAAGGUUUCAUUUUACUGAAAGCUGGCUUUUCGUAUAUUUUGCUGUAGUUUUUCGUAAUUUGUUACACUAAUAUGAGUGAAAAUUUCCAAAAGUGAGUUAUUAGUUGAUUAUUAGGUGAGUUGAUUAUUAUUAUCUAAUAAUAUAGUUCUAAAUAUGAUCAAGGUAAAAAAACAGAUCUUGGUUAUUGAAUAUCAAAAUUUUGUAUUAUAUUGUUCAAAUGUAAUAAAAAUGAUUGAUAUCUUAAUGGAAAUAAAUUUAACUUAUUAGACUUUAAAUUUUUAAAAAUAGACUAAAAAAUAAACAAUAAUGAAUUUAAUAAGACUAAGAAAAAUAUCUCCGUAACUUGACAAAAUAUAUUUAACAAGUAUAUAGAUCUACAUUCAAAAACCAUGUACAAAAUGAUUUUACAUUACUAUACAGAGAAUAAAACAAGAUGGUAGUA